UCAGGGUCCGGGGAGACCAGAUAUAGUGAAUGCAGGGUCCGAGGAGAGCCAGAUAUAGUGAAUGCAGGGUCUGGGGAGACCAGAUAUAGUGAAUGCAGGGUCCGGGGAGACCAGAUAUAGUGAAUGCAGGGUCCGGGGAGACCAGAUAUAGGGAAUGCAGGGUCCGGGGAGAGCAGAUAUAGUGAAUGCAGGGCCUGGGGAGACCGAGAUAUAGUGAAUGCAGGGUCCGGGGAAACCAGAUAUAGUGAAUGCAGGGUCGGGGAGACCAGAUAUAGUGAAUGCAGGGUCCGGGGAGAGCAGAUAUAGUGAAUGCAGGGUAUGGGGAGAGCAGAUAUAGUGAAUGCAGGGCCUGAGGAGACCAGAUAUAGUGAAUACAGGGUCCGGGGUUUAGUAACACUUUAGAAUCCUCAGUCCUUACUGCAACAU